UCAUCUGAGUGCAUGGAUUUGUGGCAUGUUGACAAAGAAUUAAGUCCUCCUGUAGAGUAAAGUGUUCUUUGCAUGGAGAGACACAAUCAGCGAAUGGAUUUGUUUCGGAUUCGUGAUAGAAUUUCUGGGGAAUCAAAUACUCCAAAUAGUAUGCAGUUUCCAAGAUCAUGUCCACUUCUGCUAAUAAAAAAUUACGGGCAGAAAUCUUCUAUCAAAAGGUGGUCUAUCCUUCUACCACUAAGUUGGGUCAAGGUCUUUUGGAUUAGUCUCAUCACCAAUGGUGCUCAUGCAAUUGGUCUCAGAGAGAAGCAAUGGAUUGCAUGUGAAGCUGAGUUGCCAUACUUUCCUUCUGACUUUCCUGACUGCAAUUCAUAUUCAUAUUCAUAUUCAUGUUUUAUGAAAAUGGAAGCAGAUGCUGCUGAUGAAAAGGUGGAGAGAAAUCCUCCUUCCAUGAGACCCUUUGGAUCGGAGUUCUAA